AUGCUUCCAGGGGUGUGUGGAGACGGCCAUCUCAAUCACGAGUGCAUCAGAUCGGUGAACCAGCUGAAGUAUGUGACUGAUAUUGAACUGACUGAAAUGGGCAUGAGUCGACCCGAGAUUCGACGUCUCAGGAAACUCUUUGAGAAGGAAUGUCCCCAAACUACUAUGGGAAAGCUCAAGAAGAAACUGGCCCGCUCGACAAGUGCUCGACCACCUCCAUCGCGGUAUCAACGUGCUUCCACAGAACCACCAGGAGAUGACAGGGAAAGCAUCUUUGGCGAAGCCAUCAGCAGCAUUGGAGGUGAUAGCAGGCACAUUGCUGGCUAUCGUGUGAUUCCAGUCAGCGAACUUGAGUUGGCUAGUCCUCUGGGACAGGGUGAAUUUGGACGGGUUCAUCAGGUAGGUCUUCUUUUUUUCUUGCUCUAUACUGCGGAGAAGAAUCUUUAUUGA